UAGUUCGGUUGUUGUGACUGACUGGUUAGUGCGCGAAAGGAAGCAUCAAGAACAAAGCACAGCCUCUCCCAUAUCAUCGCCUCCGUACCCUCUCUCUCUCUACAAUUCUACACAAAAUGGUUGACAACAAUGAUUCACUCUCUGAUCAAUUCCUUGCAUCUGCUGUCGACGCUGCUCAAAAAGCUGGCGACGUUAUUCGAAAAGGAUUCUACCAGACCAAACAUGUCGAACACAAAGGAUCGGUUGAUUUGGUGACUGAAACUGAUAAAGCAUGUGAAGACCUAAUAUUUAAUCAUCUCAAGGAGCUUUAUCCCACUCAUAAGUUCAUCGGGGAAGAAACCACAGCUGCUUUUGGCACUACAGAACUUACUGAUGAUCCCACAUGGAUUGUUGAUCCCCUAGAUGGAACUACUAACUUUGUGCAUGGGUUCCCUUUUGUUUGUGUCUCUAUUGGUCUUACAAUUGGAAAAGUUCCAACAGUUGGUGUUGUGUACAAUCCUAUAAUGAAUGAGCUUUUCACUGCAGUUCGUGGAAAAGGUGCUUUUUUGAACGGGAACCCUAUAAAAGUAUCAUCGCAAACUGAAUUGUUGAACUCUCUUCUUGCAACUGAGGCUGGAACAAAACGUGACAAGAAAACACUGGAUGCUACCACCGAUAGGAUUAAUAGCUUGCUUUACAAGGUGAGAUCUAUUAGAAUGAGUGGCUCCUGUGCUCUGAAUCUUUGUGGAAUUGCUUGUGGAAGGCUGGAUGUAUUCUAUGAAGCUGGAUUUGGUGGUCCAUGGGAUGUGGCAGGUGGUGCUGUCAUUGUUAGAGAAGCUGGAGGUGUUGUAUUUGAUCCAUCUGGUGCAGAUUUUGACAUAACAGCUCAGCGUAUUGCUGCUUCAAACCCUUCCUUAAAGGAUGCACUUGUUGAUGUUCUGCGCCAAACGGAGUGAACUGAAAAUUGUGCACACAUUUAUUAUUAAUCAAUGAUUAAGAGAAAUUGUGAUAGUACAAGUUAAGUUAGUCUUUGUUAUCUCAUUUACUUUUUCUCAAAUAAUCAAAACUCUCAAUUUUGGAUAUUAAAUUAUCCAAUAAAAUUAUUGGAGUAGUUUUAUACGUUCUA